AUGGCGUUCGACCACAGCUCUGUGGUCGCUGAGUAUUCUCAGGACAACGACUACGACUCCUUGGAUUCUUCCGACGGCACCGCCCAGUACCCGGUUGGAUCUGCUGGAGUCCACCCGGGGGCCUGGCCUGGGGUCAUCAGUGUCCAGGCCACCUGGGACAACGGCACAUGGCACAUGUGCUCAGGAGCACUCAUCCACCCCCAGUGGGUGCUCACCGUGGCUCACUGCUUUGCCCAUGCUGGGGACAUCUCCAGGUGGGAGGUGGUGAUUGGGGCCACGGAUCUGACCCAGCCGGGCCCUGAGGCCCAGCUGCGCCACAUCAAGACCCUGCUGGUGCACCAGCACUACGAACCCCGCACGGCCCGGAACAACAUCGCCCUGCUGGAGCUGGACCAGCCCGUGGAGUGCAGCGACUACAUCCAGCUGGGCUGCGUGCCCGACAGCUCCCUGGCAGUGUCCGAGCUGAAAACCUGCUACAUCGCGGGCUGGAGGAACACCCCGGACAGCGCCCCCAGCCCACGCCUGGUGCUGCAGGAGGCCAAGGUGCGGCUCAUCGACGUCCAGCUGUGCAACAGCAGCCGCUGGUACGGGGGGGCCGUGCACCCCCAGGACCUGUGCGCGGGGUACCCGCGGGGCGGCAUCGACACCUGCCAGGGGGACAGCGGGGGUCCCCUGGUCUGCAAGGACAACACCGGUGACUACUUCUGGCUGGUGGGCCUGACCAGCUGGGGUAAGGGCUGCGCCGGGGCCAAGCGGCCCGGGGUGUUCACGUCCACCCAGCAGUUCCACACCUGGAUCCAGGUGCAGAUGGGGCUGCUCCCGCCUGAAGCUGACGCUCAGCCGCCCGAGCCCUUCCCGAGCCCGGAGGAAGAGCCCGACGCUGACUUGGAGGAUGAGAUGAAUCCCAACCCGGAUGACUCGGAGGAUUACUCGAAGGUUUCAUUCCAACAACAGAUCCUGGGGAAAUUCCUGAACCUGCUGCUGGAGCUCCUGCAGUUCCUGAAGGGAGAGAAAGCCUGA